GGAGGGAAGGAAGAAAAAGCGAAAGGAGGGAGGUGGAAAGACACGUUAUCUUUUUCUUAUCCGUUUAAAGUAGCCACAGCGCUCAUGCAUUUUAGAAAUGACGCGCUGCGGCAUAUAUACGUAUACAUACAUAUAUCUAUAUAAUAUGUAUAUAUACAUAUAUGUAAAUAAAUAUAUCUAUGUAUUCUGCGGAUCGAGUAGUACCUGGGCGAACGAUUUGUCACGCGUUAUUGCAGUAUGUAGCACAAUUAAUAUUAAAAUAUGCCGUUAGGAUAUUUAACAUACGGGACUAGGCCAAAGAGAAAUGCCAAAGAGAGAGAAAAAUAGAGCAGCAAUUGAAAAUAGAUAAAAAUAAAGAGAGAAAGAGAGAGAGUGAGAGAGAGAGAGAGAGAGAGCGAGAGAGAGAUAGAGAGAGAGAGAGAGAAAAAAAGAUAGACAAAAGAGAGAAAGAGUCGGAGACGAGUCUUUCCCGCGGGGGUAACAGAGCGCCGGAGGGAAGACAAGAAGUUGAUGUUCUUGUUUGUUUGGUUGCAGGAGUUGAUGGGUGUGGAUGAGCGGGUGUUUGCGUGCAUGUACUGCGGUGCCUCGUUCCUCCACCAGAGCAAGCUGACGCGGCACAUCCUCUCGCACAGCCUCGAGUCGCUCAAGUACCGCGAGCAGGCGGCCCACCUGCAGCUGCAGGCACAGCUGGGCCUCGAGCCCGGCAUGCACCUGCCGCCUGAGGCCCACUAUCCCGCCGCGGGUACGAUCGAGCCGAUGGACUUUGAACUCGCGGCCCACUCGGACCCGACCUCCGGCGUCGUCCUCUGCAAGUUUUGCGGCAAGUCCUUCCCGGACGUUGGCUCGCUGAUCGCCCACCUACCGGCGCACACCGGCGAUCGGCCGUUCAAAUGCGAGUUCUGCGGCAAGGCGUUCAAGCUGCGCCAUCACAUGAAGGACCACUGUCGUGUGCACACCGGCGAGCGGCCGUUCCGGUGUACGCUGUGCGGCAAGACCUUUUCGAGGUCGACGAUACUCAAGGCCCACGAAAAGACACAUUACCCGAAAUAUGUGCGCAAGUUCCUGUCCCCGAGCCCCGUGGACCCCUCCGAGGAAGAGGCCCCGCCGCCGCCACCGCCGCAUCAUUGAGUUCGCCUUAGUAUCAGCAGCAAAGACCGCCGUUGCGCCGUCGUCGUCGCCGGCGACGACGACGACGACGACGACGGCGGCGACGACGACGACGACGAUCACCGUACGGGACACCCCGUUGACCGACGACGCCUUCGCGUUGUCGUCGUCGCCGAUCGCGCGAACGCCGCCACGACGACGACGUCGACGCCGACGGUGUCGUUCCCGCUUCCGGUACCGCCGCCGCUGCCGCCGCAACGCGUCCCUCCGACGUCAUUCUGCACGUUUCGUCCCGCUCCCGCCCGACACGUUUCCCGAUUCUUUCCCGACACCACUCAUCUCCUCUCGUCCACCUGAUCGCGCGCGUCACGAUCCGCACGCAUCGCACCCACCGCGGGCCGCGCGACGCGCGACUCCCCGCGUCGUCGUCACCCACAAUCGGCCCCAACGAUCGAGCGACGGGGCAAGAAGCCGGCGGUGUGUUUCUAGUUAGUCCUGUGAUUUUGGUUAGGAUGGUUGGUAAACGCGUGUUCAGGGGGAGGGACACGUUAAUAACGAGCUCCCUCGUUUAAUCAGUGCUUUAAGACGAAAC